AUGACCAUCUACGCUUUCUACAUCUUCGACAGGCAUUGUAGCUGUAUCUACUCGCGUGAGUAUGCCCAUGCUUCACAAAAUCCAGGCACAAACACGUCGUCUUCCCAGCUUCCUCCGACGUCAGCUUCCUCAAACCUCGGUUCCGUGAACAAGAACAACAACUCAGACACUGCAAAGCUUCUAUUUGGUCUCAUCUACUCGCUCAAGAACUUAUCUUCGAAAUUGGCCACGUCAGAUUCACAGAACUUGCUACGUUCGUUUAGUACGGGCGCUUAUAGAGUACACUUUCUAGAAUCACUUUCCAACUACAAGUUCGUGCUACUUUCUGACUUGGACACAGAAAACCUUCAAAACGCCCUUUGGGACUUGUAUUCUACGGUUUUUCUUAAAACGGUUGUCCAUAACGCAUUGAGCCCGGUGGAGUUUGGCGAGAACAGAAUCAGCAAUGCUUCCUUCAUCCAACAGUCAGACAACUACCUACUGGCACUUCCAGUGUUUCACUAG